CCUUGACUUGAUCCAUCCACAGAACAUCUCUAGACCAGCGCCCCACGCCCCCCAAACGCGAUUCACUGCCGGCACCUCGUGCUCUAUCAAAGCACCUUCGUCGCUCGAUUCUUUUUCCGCAGCUUCCACCGCCAGACGAGAGACGCCGAAGCUCCCUCUCUCUGCCCCUCGCAACUCUCACCAAGGCCCUUUUUCCCCCUCGUGCAAAAGGUCCGCGCCUUUCGCGUUCGCCACCGUGGCUCAACUCAUCGCGAUGCCGAAUACCCCCCCGCCGGCGCUGCUGCCUCCGCCAGAGGGCAUCUUCAGGACGUUUGACGACCUGAUGGCGUCGGUCCAGCGCGUCGCAAAGGACCAAGGCUACGGCAUCGUCAAGCUGCGCGCCUCCAACUAUCGCGACGGCAAGCCCACCCGCUACGACCUCGUCUGCGACCGCGGCGGCGUCAAGUACAACAGCACCGCCAAGAAGCGCAACCCCUCGACGCGCAAGAUUGACUGUCCCUUCCGUGCAAAGGCCGUCUGCGAGGUCCAGCUGGGCAACCAGUGGCGCUUCGCUCUGCAAGAACCAAGACACAACCACGAGCCGCGCGUCCCCUCCGGCACCCCCGGCCAGGAGAAUGCUCCCUUGGCAACUUCCAUCCGCUCCUUCACCAACAAGCUGGACCGCCUGAGCCACGACAUGGCCCAGGGCCUGAUGCGCAUCGAGCAGCGACUGGACAACAUUGAGAAGCGCAUGGAGAAUAUCGAGGCCCGCGCCGGCGGCUACGAGCCUCGCUUCCAGGCGAUAGAACAACGGCUCCAGGGCAUGGAGGGUCCUCGCAUGGACGGCAUGGGCAUGGACGAUGUCGAAUCGCGCCUGUUGGCAUCCUCGGUCAUGUAGGCCAGCGACGACGAGCCCCAGUCGAAUUCUGACCAGGCUUUCGACCCUCUAUUGCAACCUGACUUUUAGCUGAAUAGGUCGCGAGGCCCCUACCAAAACAACUGAUGUGCAUGACAACUGCCUCGUCACAAUCGCCACACCCCUUUCUUUUUUCUCAUCUCAUUGACUCGGUACUGUUGAAAUCUCUUUUGCGCACUGAAAAACGAAAAAAACGCGGACCUGGCCGCGCACGACUACGGGUAUUAUCAGCGCCUCUCACGGCCUGGCUUGGUUCUGUUUGAUGAAACAGCCCAUGAUGGCGGCAACAAUUGGGGGACAAAGUUUACGGCUCACGGAUGCGGGCUGUUACAAAUCACAAGGAUGGUUUUUGAUGGAAAUUUGGGGGUUUUACGGUGGCACACACAAAGGGUGAACGAAGGCGUUCCGGUCGGCUCUUUAUAGUUUUUCUUUUUCUUUUGCCGUAUAUCUCCUUUGAUAUACUAUGCCCGGAUUUCUUUACUUCCCCCUACUUACCACCCUCUAUUUGAUUGUGGUUCUUUCUUCUUUUUCUGGUUCUGUACUUUUUUUUGUUAAGAUUGUUGCUACGCUCAGGGCGCGCGCAAAGGGAAUUUCUAGGGAGGAAGGGCGGCGGCGGACAGUUUCUGUUUGGAUGGCUGUGUUCUUUUUCGGAGGAAUGCGCAGGGCAAGGAGCGCGCAAAACAGACCCUAGGGAAAUAACUUGAGCUAUAUGAAUCCUUGCAAUUGUCUUUU